AUGGUCCUCACUUUCGGUGUGUAUGUAGGGACGUCCACUGUGACGGGGCUUUUGGAGGCCGGUCUCAGCACGGUGGUCGAGUUAAAGAAGCUCGACUCGGAGUUCUUGGUGGCGGGAGAAGACAGAAUCUGCGAGUCGAUCAGCUGGGAGUUGCGGAACGUUUCAAGCUGCGACUGGUUCUGCUGGUGGACCUUGUUGAUCAGCGACAAGACGCCCUCGACCUCGAUGUCGCUCAAUGGGUCGUCGCCCUUGCUUUUGAAGAACUCGGACAGCGUUUUGUUUGGGUUUGCCUCGCUCAGCACCGACAAGUUCGAAACGUUCGAAACGUUCGACACGUUCGAGAAGUCUGCGGCCAUGUCCAUCAUCGGAGCGCUGGCGUGCCAAAAGGACUCGUAUUUAAGAUCGCUUGCGACAAAAGUUGUGUCGUGCAAUCAACAGGGGAACCGGUACCAGGUUGAGCUGGAGGAUACGGUGCUGUUUCCAGAGGGUGGCGGACAGCCUAGUGACACUGGCCGCAUUUUGGUGGGGGAACAGUCGUUGGACGUUGAAAGUGUGAUUCGGUCCGGACUGAAGGCGUUGCACAUUGUCGAUAAACCAUUGGAGCUUGGAACAACGGUCAAUUUGAACGUCAAUUGGGAAAAACGGUUUGACCACAUGCAGCAACACACCGGACAGCAUCUUUUGUCGGCGAUCUUGGACAAGCGCGAUCUGCCCACGCUUGGAUGGAACAUGGGAGAAAUGAUCAAUUACGUGGAACUGCCGCGGAAACUGACCGACUCGGAGAAAGUGGAGGUUGCCAACGAGGUCAACUCCAAGAUCACCGCUAAUCUGCCAAUUACCGUCGAGGUUCCGCCAGACAGAGAGGUCGACUCCGUCAAGGGAGUGAUGCGGAUCAUCCAUAUUGGCGAUCUGGAUGCCAAUGCGUGCUGCGGGACUCAUCUGAAGAGCGCUGGCCAGAUCAAGGGAAUCGUUUUGUUGAACCAGGUUUCUGGUAAAGGUUCCAAUAGCCGGCUGAAUUUCAUUGCUGGCGACCGGAUUUUCCGGUACACGGAGUCGUCGCACGAGAUCCUGCGGUCUUUGAGCUCUUCCACGAGCGUCCAGGCCGAACAGCUCGUUGACAAGGUGAACGCGCUGGUUGUUUCGUCCAAGAAGCUGCAGAGCAGAGAGUCUGCAUUGUUGAAGGAGCUGGCCACCAGGACGGCUGAGGAGCUCAAGCAGACGCUCAGUGAGGGCAAGACGGUUGUUUUCCACCGGCCAGACGUGGGGCUCGAUUUCCUCAACCAGAUGUUCAAGGAACUGAAGGACAGUCCGGGAACGGUUGUUCUUCUUUCUGGAGAGGGCAAGGACGGCGGAGCCGCGAUUGUUUUUGGCGAGAACACCACAGAGGUCAGCGCCAAGCUGAAGGAGCUGCUGACCGGCUUGAAGGGCGGCGGAAAGGGCAAGUUCCAAGGAAAAGUUGCUAGCUACGGCAAAGGCGAGCUGGAGAAGGUGAAACAGCAAUGGACAUAG